CCGGUGGCGGCGCAGAGGCUGCGGGCGGCGGCGGGGACGGGCAGGAGCGCGGCGGGCGCCGUGCGGGGACGCGAUGCACUCGCUCUUCAGGAAACGCAACAAAGGGAAAUACAGCCCCUCCGUGCAGAAGAAAAGCAUCUCCAGCAAAGAGCUGACCGAGCUCAUCGAGCGCCUGCAGAAAAAUGCUGACCAGGUGGAGAAAAACAUCGUGGAGACCGACUCCCGAAUGCAAAAUGACCUGCACAAGAUCAAGGCGUGCCAGCUGGCGCAGUACAAGGAGCUGACAGCACAGAAACUCUCCGAGUCCGACAAGCUGCUCUACGUGCUGGACGGGGACGCGGCCGUGGCCCGGCACAUGAAGCACCCCCAGGGGGACAUGAUCACAGAAGACAUCCGGCAGCUGAAGGAACGCGUGGCAAACCUGCGUGUGAAACACGAGCAGAUCUACAACUUCCCCCUGCAGCACAUCGAGCCCCAGGUUAACUGGUCAACAGUGAUCGAGGAGAAACAGGAUGCGCUGAGCAGCAAAGGCUUUGGGACUGACCUGCCGCUGGUCAACAGCCAAGUAGAAGAGCACAACAUCUUCCACAACGAGGUCAUGGCCAUCGGGCCACACAUCGUCAAGGAAGGAAGCAAGGAAAAUAUGAGCGACUUCCAAACCAAAUACCAGAAGCUGCUGGCCGGCUCCCAGCAGCGGCAGCAGGACCUGAACUCGCUGCAGGAUUACAUGCAGCGCUGCACCAACAAGCUCUACUGGCUGGAUCAGCAGGCCAAGGACAGGACCCAUUACGACUGGAGCGACCACAACUUGGACUACCCCAGCCGGCGCCGCCAGUACGAGAACUUCAUCCACCGGAAGCUGGAGGAGAAGGAGGAGGCCAUCAACAAGCUGCACGCUGAUGGGGAUCAGCUGCUGGCCCAGAACCACCCUGGGAAGAAUGCCAUUGAGGCUCACAUUGAGGCUGUGCACGCUGACUGGAAGGAGUACCUGAACCUGCUGAUCUGCGAGGAGAGCCACCUGAAGUUCAUGGAGGACUUCCACAAGUUUCAGAAGGACAGCAAGGAUGCUCAGGAGCUUUUGAAGAAGGUGGAUACAGACCUGGACCAAAAAUUCAGCCCGGAGUUCAAGGACAGAUACCAGCUGGAGUCCCUCCUCCGGGAGCUGGAUGACCAGGAGAAGGCCCUGGACAAGUACGAGGCAGUGGUGAAGUCGCUGCAGGAGCGCAGCCAGCAGGUGCUGCCCCUGCGGUACCGCCGGCAGCCGCCGCCGCAGCCCAUCCCCGUGGAGGCGCUCUGCGAGUACGAGGGCGAGCAGGGCCAGAUCAGCCGCGGAGCCCACUACACCCUGCACAGGAACAGCGGCGACCUUUGGGAAGUGGCCGACAGCGCAGGAGACACCAUCAGCGCCCCCGGGGUCUGCUUCAUGAUCCCCCCGCCCGACCCAGAAGCGAUAGCCCUGGCAGAGCAAAUUGCCAAGCACUAUGUGGCCGUGAAGGAGAAGACCAACAACUGCAAGAACGUUCUCCAGCAGCGCUAUGAGGGGCUGAAGGCAGACAGCAUUGGAGAUGCUGCAUCAGUUCGGGGACGCCAGCUCCUGGCAGGGCUGGAGAAAGUCAACAGUGACCUGGACAAGCAGGAGAAAGCGAUAACAGCAAACCUGCGGCCGCCGCUGGAGCAGAGCCGGGCAGUGCAGGACAGCACCGAGCGCUCCAAGGAUCUCAAGAACAUCACCAACGAGGUCCGGCGCAUCGAGCCUGAGAAGACGAGGAAGAUCCAGGAGUGCGAGGCCUUCAUCGAGUCCGUGCCCAACACAGGCAGCGCGACCCUGGUGAGGAGCAAGGUGGAGAACACCAACAAGAAGUACGAGCGCGUGGUGCAGCUGCUCAGCGCUGCCCAGGAGAAAGUUGAGGUGGCCACAAACCUGGAGAGGAGCCUCCAGCAAGGCCGAGACCUGCUGUCAACCUAUGAGAACAAGCUGGUCAUAGAUGACACGGUACCAGAGGACUUGAGGGUGGUGGACAGGAAGAAGGAGGAGCUGCUGGCCAUGGGCAGCGAGCUCCAGUCCAAGAAGUUCCUGCUCAGUGAAGCCGAGCAGAACCUGCAGAGGACCAAGACAUGCUCCAACACCCUGGCCAGCAAGUUCCAGGAGCACUGUCCCGACAUCGAGCGCCAGGAGGCAGAGCUCUACAAGCUCAACCAGCGCUUCAACAACCUCAGCAAGCAGAUUGACCACAGAACGCAAACCCUGCAGAAAGCAAAAAGUGCCUACUCCAACUACCGUGCCAACUACGACAAGGUGAACCAGUUCCUGUGCAACAUCCCCAACUACGAGCCCCAGGAGACUGACAACAUCCAGCAAGUGGAGAUGAAGCUCAAGAGCCAAGCGGCACUGCUCAGUGACAUUGCAAGCAAGGAACAGGAGGUGCAGAAGGUCUCUGCCACAGCUCAGCAGUACCAGCAGGCAGUGAAGGACUACGAGUUGGAGGCUGAGAAGCUGCGGUCCAUCCUGGACCUGGAGAACGGCCGGAAUGGCUACACCAGCAAGAAGCCCAGGCUGCAAUCCCCAGCUGCCAAAGUGAAGGAGGAGGAAGCUGUUCUGGCAGCCAAAUACACAGAAGUGAAUGCUGUGAACAAGCAGAGGCUGCAGAACCUGGAGUUUGCCCAGAGCCUCCUGCGGCAGCAGCCAGAGAUUCAGGUGACACAAGACUUUGCCCAGACCAAAAAGUCUGUAAGGCCUGUGGAAGAAGUCUGGAAGUUGAAGAAGGAGCUUGAGGAUGAGACUCAGCGUCGGCAACAGCUCGAGGCAGAGAUUGAAGCCAUUCAGAACAACAUUGUCCACCUGCAAAAUCAGAAACCCCAAGAAACUGUGGUGAAGAAAGAACUGGUGAAGAAGGUGCCUGACCCCCAGCUGGAAGAGAGUUUCCACAGACUGCAGCAAAACCUGGCAGAGGAGCAGCGCAAGAACCAGGCACUCCAGGAUGAGCUGGAGGCUCUUAAGAUCCGGCUGCGAGUCCUGGAGCACGAGAAGAGGGAAGGAGGGCAGGAGUACAUAGUGAAAGAGGUGCUGAGGAUUGAACAAGAUAAGGCUCAAGCUGCUGAAAUCCUGAAGCUCAAAGAGGAACUGGAAGAGCUCAGGAGGCAGGAAGGGACCAGGGAGAGUGAAGUCAUCCUCUUACGCCAACAAAUUGCUGUGCUGUCCAGCGAGAAGAACAAAGAGCAGGAGAAGGUGACGGAGAAGGAGGUGCUGAAGCUGCAGAAUGAUCCCCAGCUGGAGAUGGAAUUCCGGAUGUUGCAGGAGACCAAGGAGAGGGAGAGUGCCCUUCGGCAGAAGCAUGAGGAAGAGCUCAGCUUCCUCCAGGAAAAGCUCAAGCGUCUGGAGAAGGAACGGGCCAUCGCCGAAGGCAAAAUCACCGUCAAGGAGGUGCUGAAGGUGGAGAAAGAUCUGGCCAUUGAGAGGGAGGUGAACGAGCUCCGGCGCCAGUACGAAGAUGAGAAGUCCAAGGGCCGUUCCAAUGAGCGGGAAAAGGCUGAGCUGCUGAGGAAGAUCCAGCUGCUGGAGGAGGAGAACUCCAAGGUGGUUGUUCAGGAGAAAGUGCGUGAGAUUGUGCGCCCGGACCCCAAGGCUGAGAAUGAAGUUGCCAACCUUCGCUUGGAGCUGGUAGAGCAGGAGAGGAGGUACCGCGGUGGGGACGAACAGCUGAAGAGCUGCCAGAACGAACUGGCUGCUCUCAAGAACAGAGGGCCCCUGGUAGAAGUCAAAGAAGUCAUUAAGGAGGUCAUUAAGUACAAGAAUGAUCCAGAAACCGAAAAGGAGCUACAGCGACUCCGGGAGGAAAUAAUAGAGAGGACCGGAGCUAUAGAAAGAGCUGACCUCGAGAUCUACCAGCUGAAACAAGAGAUACAAGCGUUGAAAGACACCAAACCUCAAGUGCAAAUGAAGGAAGUUGUUCAAGAAAUCCUCCAGUUUCGGGAAGACCCCAAGACCAGAGAGGAGGUAGAGUCGCUGCGAGUGCAGCUGGCAGACGAACAAAUGAAGCACAUUGACCUGGAGAGGGAACGACUUCUCCAAGAAGAAAAAGUAAGACUGAAGGAGGAAGAACUUUCCCAGGUGAAGGAGAAGGUGGUCCAACAGGAAGUAGUGAAGUAUGAGCAGGAUCCUGCCUUGAAAGCUGAGGUGAACUCCUUCUCCCAGAGCAUCGAGAGCGAACUGAAGCAGAUCGACGGGCUCCGUGAGGAGCUGCGCAAGCUGCAGAGGAGACGCUCCGAGCUGGAGCGGCAGCUCGAGGAGCUGGAGAAGGAGAGACAGGCCCGCAGAGAGGCCGAGCUGGAGGUGCAAAGGCUCAGGAUCCGGCUGAACGAGCUGGAAGAACAGGAAAGAGAAACGACAGAACGAGUGACUGUGAAACAGAAAGUGAUCCUUCAGCAAGAUCCCCAGCAGGAGAAGGAGCACUCCCUCCUCAAGCUGGAGUUAGAAGAAGAGAAGCACCGCAGACAAGUCCUGCAAACCGAGCUAGAAGCCCUGAGAAAGAAGCUCCUUUCUUUGGAGAAGAUGGAGGUCAAGGAGAAAGUGGUCUUUUCAGAGAGUGUCCAAGUGGACAAAGGAGACACAGAGUACGAGAUUCAAAAGCUGAAGAGCAACCUGGAGGAAGAAAGUAGGCGCAAGAGGGAGCUGGAUGCAGAUCUCAACCACCUGGAAACCAGGCUGUCCGAGGUGGAAUUCAACAACUCCAAGUCAUCAAAGGAACUAGACUUGUUAAGGGAGGAAAACCACAAGCUCCACCUCGAGAAACAGAACCUACUGAUGGAAACAAGAAGACUGCAGUCAGAGAUUGAACUCACCGCAACAGAAGCUCAGGAUCUGAGAAACAUGACCCACGUGGACAGUGGAAUAAACCUGGACUCCAGGUUCCAAGCUUUGGAAAGAGAGUUAGAGGAUCUGAAGCAGUUAUCCAGAGAAAAAGAUGCAGAGAUUGAGCAACUCCAGAAUCGCCUGAAGACAGUGGCUAUCAAGAGGGAGCAACGAGAGAACCACCUGAGGCGCUCCAUCGUGGUCAUUGACCCCGACACAGGAAAAGAGAUGUCUCCAGAGGAAGCUCACGUGUUUGGCCUCAUUGAAUGGAGCCUGUUUGUCAAACUGAAGAGCCAGGAAUGUGACUGGGAGGAGAUCUCAAUAAAGGGUCCCAACGGGGAAUCAUCUGUGAUCCUCGACAGGAAGUCUGGCAGGGAGUUCUCCAUCGAGGAUGCCCUGAAGAGCGGGAGGCUCACCACGGCCCAGUAUGAAAGUUACCUCAACAAGGAGAUGUCCAUCCAGGAGCUGGCAGUCUUGGUGUCCGGAAGCAAUUACACAGCGCUCGCUCCACUUUAGAAACUUCACUUCAAGAGCAGCCAGUCAGAGCUGCAGCACCUUGCAGACAUCCAGAUCACUGCAAAGCCUCACCCUCCUUCGCGUCUUCCAAACUGCUACAGCCUCUGCCCCGGCCAUGCUACGCAGCCACUCCGCUUGUUGUCACACACUGCAGAAAACACCACCAGUAGUGGAAAACAUCUGCCAACCUCCUGAAACCCCUCUUCCUCCCUGCCUAUCAGAAAACAAGAGAAAGCCUUAGGACAGUGAAGUGCUUCAAGUCCAAAAGACUCAGUAGAACCUGCAGUUUCCUCAGCUCCUACUCACAUAGUCGUGUACGCAGUCGUGUCAGGAGAGAGAAGGACCCUGAAGGUCCAGGUGACUCUGAGGUGACCAGCAGGAGCUGGUUACAUCAGCUGCAUGUUGAUAAGCCAGACAGUCCCACUGUGGACAACUGACUCAAUGAUGGGCUCGUCCUCUGAGAAAACCAGCUCUGUGGAAACCAAGGUUUCAGCCCAGAAUCACCAUGUCAAGACUCACCACCACCAUUUGUUCACCUCUGUGCCUGUGCUGCUGGGGAAGAAUGAAGGUGUACUUUGAUGGCACCAGCCAUUGAUCCAGAAGGAGCAUUCACACACUCCAGAGGUCAAGGAAAAGGACAUGAAGAGAUGGCAGAACCACCAGACACAAGGGGCUGUGCACACCAUGCAAGGGAACCCAAGGCAGAGAGCCUCCCACAGGCAGCUCCUUCACUCGUGGUUAAAAGCUGUUAGUGCUGGUGUUUUCCUGGAUGGAGUUACAUGCAGCUACAUGUUUCAUUUACUUGUGUAAGGGAAUGGGGAAUAGAGGGGAAUUCUAUUUAUAGUACAAAAUAAAAAUGCAGUGGUUCCAAUUAGAAGGCGUUUGGUUUUCAUUAAUUAUGGCAGCCUCCUGAUCUUUGGCUGUACAAGAAGUUGCCAUUUAGGAAUUAAAACACCAAGAUUAUUCAUUUUAGCUGUUGGCACUUUUCCAAGGGGAAAUUGCUGGAGCAGCACUGAAGCUGGGACUAAUGAGCAGCAUUAGAUGGGAGUGAAGUGCACUAAAGAAUGGGACUGACUGCAGAACAGUGGAUUACACUGGGAUAGUACCUUUCAGAGCCCAUUCACUUCCUUUUGCCAAAUUUCAGCUAAUAGCCAAACCCUGGGGAGCUCUGAUGUCCACAAAAGCAGUCAUAAUCAUUCCCUGCUUAUCCCUCCUGGCUCUGGGGAUUUACACCACUAUUUUACCUUUGUGAAUGAAGGGAUCAGGGAGGAUCUCACUGGUCCUGCAGGGUCUGAGCCCCACAUGUCCUUUCCAGCAGAGGCCAGCUUCAACCAUGAGGAGCACAGAGAAUGAAAAGAAACAUUCCUACCCCUGCAACAGCUGCAACACAGCUGCCAUUCACUCACCACAUAGGAGACUUUAAAACAGUCAAUAAUUCAUUACUCACUUGAAACAGAGCAUCCAAGCUGCAACAGAAAUUCUUGGAAACAAAGUCAGGGAAUUAGAUGUAAGGAGAUUGGGGGAAAAAAGUGUUUUGGAAAGUUUGAAACAAUUUAUUGAGUUGUUCUGUACAAGAUUAACAUUUUUCAUACCACCCCCACCAUCUUCAGCAAGACAGUGCCAACACACAUAAAAAAAAAUAGAAUAGUAAACUGCAGCUCUUACACCCAAAAGGAACUGCCAUCCCCAGGUAAGUGCCAUGGGAGCCUAUCCCUCCCCAUUCCAUCCUGGAAGCGCUGCCAGUUGCCUCACCAAGGCAGAGGUGCCAACCUGGCUCCCCAUCAGCUGCUCUGUGUGGGCCUGCCUUGCUGCUCCACACCACUCACUCAUUCAUUAUAGCACGUAAAGAAAAAAUAUCCCACAGAAUUUCCACCACAUAAACGUUUCCCUGAGGCAAGAGGCUUCGCUAAAUUCCUAGAGGAGGGCAUUCUGCUCCGGCCGCGCACACGGGGGCUGCCCAGCAGAAGCAUUCAAGUGAAAGCAGAGAGGGAGGAGAACCAGUACCUCGAGUCACUCACUGAGAGCCCCUAUCCUGCCAGGUGUCCCAAGCUUUCAGCUUCCAGGGAAAGGUGAAGGUGCCAAGCACCCCUCAGGAUGAGGCCUUCAGCAGGAACCACACGACAUCCACUGCUCAGAGUCCACCAAGAAAUGCUGUGCUUCGUUUUACCCACACGAGUUCUGUCUUUGGCUCUUCUGCUACAACCUAGUAUUUUCUGUAAACAGACUUGAAAUCUGAACUGUAUCCAUUCAUUUGGAAUACAAUCAACUCACUGAUCUUGGGCAGUUAUGUAUCAGCUCAAAUUGAAAACAGUCUUUCUCAGAUCUGAACAAAAACCAGAGGAAACUACAGCAGACAUGUGCUGGUAUUCUGGGGUCAGCAUCCUUCCCCAAAGCUCAAGGAGGAAGCUACAAGCUUUUCCUUGGAACACCAGUAAAUUCUACAUGGAUCAGCACUACCCCUGCACAACUGGGACGUGGCUGGGGGGGGUUGAGAGAAGACAGACUGGGCAGAGCAGGAAACCAAACCUCAGAAAGUUCAGGUGGAGCCUCAGCCUGCCCUUAGCCUGAAAGGGGGUGCACACGGGGAGUAUUUAGCUCUGAAGUUAAAAAAAUGAACAAGAAAAGACACCCCCCAACUGUGGAUGGUCCCUGUUCCUGCAGUUGUGCUGAGCACAUGAUCCUGGUGCAGGUACCAUUGAGGAGAGCAGUGUUUUUCUCUGGAAUUCAUUCGAAAGGUCGUGACCUUGGUUCAUCUCACUCAAUCCCUCUGCCCACCAAACUGAUCCUAACUCACAACCCUAGGAAAGAAUGGCUUUAGGGGAGGGCCUGGAACCCACCUGCACAUACUGGGAUGAGAACUGGUGCUCCUGCUGGAUUUGGGACUGUGCUCAGUCACCAGGUCACCACUGAAGUCCAGACAGUGCAGCUUUUUUUUUUUUUUUUUUCUGAUGUGCAACCAUAAAAA